AUGCCAGCAUCAGAGCGAGAGUCCGGUGCCGGUAUCAAUACUGAUGCCAGUAAACCCCAAAAUGGGGAAGGAAUACUGCCUCAGACUGAGCCUCAGACAACAACCACAGUCAACCCAGCUAUUUUCGUGACAUCUCCUAAACAAGCUAUUCCCAAUAAUUACCUAGUCUCUCCGCAUAGCAACCCCCAAGCAGGUGUGCUACUUCAGCAGCCUUUGCAGCAGCCUAUCAACACCGCAAUACCGGCAGCUCCAGGGCAAGCUCCAGUUACCGGACAGCCUCCUUCGCAAUUUUUCAUGUACAACGGCCAGUUGAUACCGAUUUCGGCUUUGCAGCCUGUUUCUCUUCAACCAACUGGUGUAAACGUAUCAGUUCCUCCGCAGCAGCCACAGAUCAUUAACUCACACGGAGUCAGCCUUUCUAUCGUAACAGCACAGGCAUCCGCCACCACUCUACAGUCUCAACAACAGAAAGCGGAACAGAAACCCAUCGUCAGUCCUCAGCGAAAGGUAGAAGAAGCGCAGGUAAGGGCCCAAACACAGACAGCGUCAUCCACUCCCCAAGCGGAGACUCAAGGCGACCAUAAAGCUCAUGAGAACAAGGUCAACAAUACAACAGAAAAGACGUAUGCGAAGCAAGGAAGCCAAGAAGGAUCUAUACAUCCUCCGGCCUCGGUGGGCUCCACCUUGACCACGCAGUCACCGUCCGAAGCUUCAAAGAAGGAAAAAAAGAGACGAUCUCUCUUCGGGAGCCCUCUGAAGAUGUUCAAUGAAAUGAAGCAGGCGCUAAAGUUCCCACAGGCUGACAAUCCGCAGGGAAAUGAGCAGUCUGACAAUACAAAUGCAUUGAAAACCGAAGUUGGAUUCGUCAAACAGCUAACGAAGGGAGUUGAGGACCUAGUUCGGCGAGACAAGAACACUUCUGCGCAAACCCAAGCCGAUACCUAUACAGACAACAAUAUCGUAGCCGCACCAGUGCAGUCAGGUUAUACCUCUACGGCCCCAGCAGCGCAACAGACGUCUAAUUAUACCCAAUAUCCAGAUAAUUCUGGAUAUAGUUCUCAAGUUCCGACGGUUUUCGGGUCGCAAGAUCAGCGGCAGUCUGAUUAUGACACUUCUGGGGGGAGCCAGCCACAGAAUUUAAUUCUACAGGGCUAUCAGGUUCAGGCGGAGCAGUUCUACGGUACAUUGACCGGUUCGGCAACAACAGGGUGGCCCUCUUCCCAGUCGGCUGAUUAUGGGAACAAUGCAACGGGAGCCUAUGCAGUCGGCGUAGACGGUCAAGGAACCCAAGACCAAACACUGGCUUCUGGCCAGAGAAUACAGACUCCGGCACAAGGAGACCCCAGCAGCAUUGCACAAGAUCGAGUAGGAGCUGGACAAACGACUGGCAAUACCAACACCAGCGACACCUCUAACACUGUUCCCAUUCAGGAUGAGAACAAUUAUGACGAUGAUGAUGAUUACCUUGAUGACAGUGCAGAUACAACCGAUGACUUCUUUUAA